CAUCACAUAGAGAGAUAGUUGAGUUGGGAAUGGUUUUGGGUGCUACGACUACUUAGAAAAAAGUUUCUCAAAAUCCAACAAAAUGCGUACCGAACCUGUCAAUAAAGUUGUUGUUAUUCUUGGGGCUCAAUGGGGCGAUGAAGGCAAGGGCAAAUUGGUGGAUCUUCUUUCGACAGAUGCUGAUGUGGUUUGCCGGUGUGGGGGAGGCAACAAUGCAGGGCAUACUGUUGUUGUAGACGGCACAGAAUAUGACUUCCAUCUUCUGCCAAGUGGCAUCAUCAACCCCGACUGUAAAUCAGUUAUAGGUAAUGGAUUGGUUGUACAUUUACCAGGGCUGUUUGAGGAAGGAGUAAAGGCAUCCAAUAAGGGCCUUAAGGAUUGGACGAGUCGUCUGCUUGUAUCCGAUAGAGCCCAUCUAGUCUUUGAUUUUCAUCAGUCAGUAGAUGGUCUGCAAGAAAAAGAAAAGGGCAAAAAAAGUAUUGGAACUACAAAGAAGGGUAUUGGUCCAACAUACUCUUCCAAAGCAAGUCGCUCUGGCCUUAGAAUAUGUGAUCUAAUGGCUGAUUAUGGUGCUUUCUCUGAAAAAUUCCGUUCUCUUGUGGGUAUAUACCAGCGGAUGUUUCCUGAUCUAGAAGUGGAUGUUGAAAAAGAAUUACAGAGAUAUGAGGGAUUGGCUGAGAAGUUGAGGCCGAUGGUUGGAGACACUGUUUAUUUCAUGUACCAGGCCUUACAAGACAGAACUAAAAAGAUUGUGGUUGAAGGCGCCAAUGCUACUAUGCUGGACAUUGACUUUGGCACAUAUCCUUAUGUAACGUCAUCCAACUGCUCAAUUGGUGGUGUGUGUACCGGUCUCGGGAUACCAGCUAAAAAUAUAGGUGAGGUCUACGGAGUAACGAAAGCUUACACAACGCGAGUAGGGGAUGGUGCAUUCCCAACGGAGCUCACUAAUGAUAUUGGUGAUUUGUUACAAGAGCGUGGUCAUGAGUUUGGGGUGACCACUAAGAGGCGUCGGCGUUGUGGCUGGCUGGAUGCUGUCUUACUAAGAUACACCAACAUGAUCAAUGGCUUCAGUGCGUUUGCAAUGACGAAGCUUGACAUUUUGGAUGUUUUGGAUGAAAUUAAGAUUGGAGUGGCUUAUCGAUAUCAGGGAAAAUUACUGCCGUGCUUCCCAGCUCACCAAGAUGUAUUGAAGGAAGUAGAGGUUGAAUACAUCACCAUGCCAGGCUGGAAGAGUAACACAGAACAGCUUCGAAACUUUGAAGAUCUUCCACCCAAUGCCCAGGCAUAUGUUCUCAAGCUGGAGGAAUUAGUUGGUGUUCCAGUUAAAUGGGUUGGAAUUGGAAAGAGUCGUGAAUCCAUCAUCAAACGGUUUUGAGCGAUAACCUUUUCCUUCCUGUAUGGACUUUUCUUACCUCAGCAUUUGCAGGGACUUUUUAACCUUCUGGACUUCUACUUGUGGGCACUCGUAUAUUUGUGUUCAUGAUUCUGUUUACUGGGAAAGUUGUUUACAAAUCUGGUUUUCGUAGUUUUGGUUGAAUGGUGAGUUUUUGGUUACUUAUAUACUAGCAUACAGAUAUUGGGGUUGGGACUUGACUGCAUUGGCCAAUAUUUGAAAUAGUUAGAUACAAUAAUUUUCUGGUUGUACAGCUCCCCUGUCCUAUAUACGGACAUGAAAUAAUAUGUGUAUUAGUGUUUCCAUUGGAAUUGCUGAGAAUCACAUGCAAAUUUUGUUUCCAAAUUGACAAACUUUCAACUUUCAAUGGGAAUUUUCAUAAAUGCAUACUUAACUGGUUCUUAAAUCCAAAUUGAAUGGAAGAGAAAACAAUCAUGUAGGACUUUUCUUCUAAAAUGCUUUUGAGUAUAUUUUGAGUUCCAAUGAAAUUGACAGUUUAAACUGAAACGGGAAGUUCAUUAUACAAUCACUUAACUGAACUUUUCAACAACAUAAACUUGGAUAGUUUAGGACAAUGGUCCAUUUUAGUGGACAAACACAACUGUUGAAAUAGGAUGAAAAUACAAUGCUAUAAAUAAACGCAAAUAUUCUUGAAAAGAAAAUAGUACAGUGGAGACAGAGGAACACACUUUAAAGAAAAAAUGAAGUUUGAAAUGAAAAGAAACCUGAACUGGAAUAUCCAAUACAUCUGUGAUAUACAGAUAAGAAACUUUAUAUCAAAACCAGGCAACGUUUGCAGUGUCAGUUGUGUUGCUUACUUUAAGAAAACUCCACAAACAUGAGAAACCAUUUGUUUAGGCUUUUGUAGUUUUAUCAAGUUAAACUGUUUUGUUCCUUUAAAAUAUUAUGUUAAACAUAAUGGAACUAAAUCCAUUCUUUAUAAGCAUUUAUGUCUUUAUUUUUGAUAGUGACAUGAGUAACAUGUCUGUAUUUUCCCCC